GCAAAAUGAAUGUGAAUUUCAUUCAUGACCCGCAGUGUCACGCAGUCUCAGUUCACUACUGCUCGUUCUCAUACAUAUAUUUUUGCCCGCACUUCUGGAGGUAUUCUAAUCUAACGAUGGCUGCGUUCUGUUGAUAUUCUAACCCAUAGUAGCACUUAUAACAAUUUGUAGAAGUAGUAGUAGGUGUAGGUAAAAUUCCGAAUCCGACCUAUGGAAACAGCAAAUUCAAUCGCCACAAGCUGUUGUAAGCCUUAUUACAACAACAGCGGUAAAUGAAAAAAACAGUCUGUCAAUUUAAUUGAUUCCACUGACUCUGAAAUUGUUGCGUUUAUCCUGUACCGAACGGUAAGUAAGAAUACAAUUUUCCUAGAGGUAGUCCUCGGUGGAAAGAAGUAAAUCAACCGCGAAGUUGAAGUUGUGCUAGACAUAAACAGCCAUCAUGCCGGCAACCUCCAAAGGCGGGGGCUCGUCUUCGUCGACGGCUUCGAACCAGCCCCUUUACGACCCGCAGCGUGACAUCUACAUUGCGCCGUACCCGCUCCUGGGGCUGGAAUGCUGCGAGAACGGGCGACACGCGAUCUCGUGCGGAGGAGGCGGCGCGGCCGGGAAGAAGGAAAUCCCAAACGAAAUACACCUGCACGCGAUCGACGGUUCUCAUCCCGACAAGAAGAUGCGAUUCACCACGCUCGACCGAAUGAACAUGGGCUCGGUGUUGCCCACGAAGGUCACGUACUCGGCCAAACAGGACCUGUGGUGCGUGUCCGCGGGACCCAAGGGCUACGUAUUGGAGAUAACAGAAGAUGAAAAAAUGAAGGUGGUCCACGAGUUUAAAAGCGAGGUUAAACCCGUGCCAAACAGAUAUACUGGCGGCGAGGACCCGGGCUGCCAGGAGCUAAUGAUGUACUACUUCCUUUCUUACGUCUCUUUGUGCGAACUCUUGUUGCUGACAGCUGAUGUUGUUUUGGGCAGCAGUGUGAACAAGGGCUGUUGCACAUUCUUUUUCCGAGGACUAGGACUACCUACAUACAACUCCUCCGACAUUCAUUUUUGAGACAUUCCCGCCCUUGUAGGGAAGGGAGCCCAUGUGCUCGGAGCACAAAAGUACUUGGUCUGUCUUUAGGACCCAGCAGAUGCCAGGACCGACUGGCAACGCGCUCAGAGUGAGACAAUGUAUCCGCCUCAGCUACGCGAGGCCUGUGGAGCAUCUGGCCUAGUUCGGUCCGUGGAACGCUCGCCGCAGCAGGUCUAGCUCGCAGCUAGACCAUCGCGCGCCGCCUUCAGCGUCUAAAAACAUUGCCCACGCCCCUGUAGCCUCCCCUGUGGCAUGCCCGUCGCAUCCGAUCGGUUGCGUGUGCAGCCCCGGAGCAUACGACAACGGGACGCCAAUACAGGGCCACGCAGCGAGCGCGCAAAGAUGUGCGAGACACGAAGGCCCGCGACUGCCAUGCGCCUCCCUGCCACCUAGCAAGCACCUGAAAGCCAUGGGCCCGCGUCCGAAGGAUUGGGCUGCGCCCCCCAUCGCUCUUACUUACGCGCGUUGACGCAUGCAAUGCCCUCGCAGGGCUGGUCCCUGCGCCUUUCCCGUGCGUCCGCGUCUGCCCUCCGGGUUGCUGCCGUAGAGGCUGCCCUGGCAUCGGGGGGCCUGCUCGUAGUAGAUUCCCCCCCUCCUCUCUCUAUCUGUGGAGAGAUGGAGCAGUUGCAUCCGCUAGAAUACAGGAUGCACGAUGAACGCGGCACAAGGCUUGUAGCCCGCCGCCGACAUUGAAAGAUCGCGGCAAAAUCAAUCAACACGACGCUCGUAGCGAAGACGCAUUGACGCGGCCAUCAGGAGCAUGGAUCGAUAUAGAGCCCGCCGGUGCGCUCUAAGUCGCCCCCCCCAGCAAAGGGCGGCCCAGGCACCUCCAGGAUCCUUGUUCACCUCUUGCGGCGUUCGUCCACAUCACGAACGCAGAGGGUUCCUUCACACCCUUGCUCGCCCGUACUACGUUGGGUGGAUCGCUUUCCGGGAGACAGGGUCAAAUUUAGAGCACCACAAACCUCUCGCAGAGCCGCGUGGAGCGUGUAUGUAUGUAUUUUUGAGACAUGGUUUAUUUUAUCACGAUGAAUAAAUGAAAUUCCACAGUCUCUGCGAGGGUUAUCUUCUAACAGCGGGAACGGAUGGCGUCGCUAAGGUCUGGAGUUACCCAGACUGGAAAAACACACCCCUGGUGGAGUUUGGGGGACACACAAAGCAAAUCGAAGCUAUGGACGUAUCCCCAGACGAAAAGUACGAUGCGACUAUCGGCAUGAUUCUUUUCAGUUUCCUUUUUGGUUGUGUACUUCCUAGCACCCUUUUUUCGAUCUUGUCGAUGAGGAUGAGGACGAUUUAAAACACGGAAAGUUUUUUCCGUAUUUUUAUCAGGAUUUAUGCACGACCACGAGCACGAACUGCACACAACAGGCUUGUCGCCACGGUUUCUGAAGACCGCAGCUGUUGCGUCUGGCGUAUCGAUACGGGCGAACAAGUGUCGAAAAUAGUAUGGAACGACCCUGAUGUGCAGCAGCCGAGCCCGAUGACUCUCAAGUUCCCGCACUUCUUGACUGAAGACAGUGUGCUCCUCAGUGCCGCGGGUCCCAGGGGCCCUGCGAUGGUAGGAAGAAGUCGUGUCUUUGUUUUUUUGAAACUAUUGUUUAGUCGGAAAAUAACGUGAGGAAGCAAAAGUUCACGUCGCUGCAAGGAAUCGAGAACAAGGAACGAGUUGAAUCGGAGACCAUGAAUAAUUACUGCAGUUUCAUCUCAUUGUCAUUUUUAUUCUCUCUUUUAAUCAUCGCAUAACAGCUGGGUAUCUGGAAGGCUGCAAAGGAACCCAAAUGCGCGAUACAAGUAAACACCGAUCCGAAGCCAUGCUCCGCACUGCGCAUCAAUCUCCAGAAAAACCGGAUGAUGUGCGGAUUUGUCCAGGGGCACAAAAAUUUGUACAUUUUUGUUUGGAUUUUGUCUUUUGUUGCUUCAUCAGUUUUGUGAUUCUGAUUUAUCGUGGUGCCUCUGCGUGCUCCUUUUCUUUCGCCCGCUACCUAAAGAGAAAACAACUUACAACAGGUACUCCCUCGACGUUGCCGGCUACCGCGCAGGCCUGAUGCCGUUCAAGAAGCUGGAGAUGUGCGGUAGCGCGAAGAAGCCCAUCCACCAGCUCGCGGUGCAGUGCGUGGCCUUUAGCGGGCCUGCCACGGCUCUGUCUGCCAGUGGGGACUACACCGUGCACCUUGGUCCGGGGAGCGCUGGCGAUCGGGGCGCGAAGGCCGGCGCAUCUUCCACGUCGGGGGGUACCUGCUCCUGUGGCUCGGCCUGCUGCUGUCUGUUCCUCUUCCUGACUUUCCUAGUACUGUUUGCGGGAUUGUUCGUGAAGAAUGUGAACGAAAUGUCGCCCGCAAACCUGACGGAGCUGGCCCAGUGGGUGGAGACCAACGCGGUAACGCGACAGCAGCAGCUCGACGACAUCGUCGCCGAGGAGUUCAGCGAGCUCAGCGACGCGGCUUCCAAAAAGAAGUCCCCCGGCGCCUCGGCGCAGCGCCGAAAGAAGCCUCGCGGAUACUACGACGAGGACAAUAACAAGCGCGGGGGUCCGGGUCGGCCCCGAACAGGUCCGGGCAAGGGGAGCGGCCGCUCGCCGAGGAGCGCCGCAGGUGGGGCACCGCCGCCCGCGGCUGGCCACGACCGCGCGGAACUUUGAGCUCUAGUGUCGGACAGGAAGAACUAAAUCAUGUAUUAGUAGCUUGUCGCGAUUUCCGAUAUCCUCCCGACCGCGCAUGCCAGCGCACGCGUUCGUUGACCAGCAGACCAAACGCGAACAUACCACCUCUCUCUGGUGUCAUCAACACCCACGUCACAAAAUGAGGCCGCAG